UGUUUGUUUUUGUGGAUCGUUAGAAUGUUUCACUUUAUACCUGGAUUAAUUCUGCUCGUGAAUUUACUACAAGCUGUACAAGGUGAACCUUGGUUGAUUGGUCCCUGCAGAAGUUUCGAAAGAUUAAAAGAAAACGAUUCCGAAUGGUUUAAAAACAUUACUGUCUCUGAAUGUUUGGAACGUUGCCAGAAUAAAGAGAAAUCUGUUCGAUUUGAAAUUGCUUUGUGGCACCAUACACAAACAUGCUGGUGUGUGCCAAGAAAUGCAACGAUUAGUGUUUGGAACUUGUUAAACAGACAUUGCCGUGAUAAAAGAGGCAGUGAACUUGUUUAUCAUGCUGAACCAAGACAUUACUCCUUUGUUCUGCUUAUACAUGGCCCUGAAAUUGAAAAGUUAUAUUUGGAAGCCACCGUAGAAAAUGCAAACUCUUCCAUGAUGAAUAUAACAUUUCAUGGCCAAUGUCAUGUGAAACAAUUUUAUCGAAACCAUCGUCAGUGA